CGCACGGGGUGACGCGACCCGGCCCAGCAGCCGGCUGCGCUCUCCCCUCGCCGAGGUGCUGACACUCCGAAGCACAAAGGGGCGCGUCCCGAGUGUGCGACGCCGUUCCGGCAUACCUGCAGCCCUGUGAGUAGCGCGCGACACCUCGGAGUCGACCCGCUGGCCAAGCUCGGCCGCCCUUAGGCGCGUGUCGCAUUGCUUUUCAGCGUGACACCGGGGCCAGCCACCACCUAACAGCAACUUUACAGCUUCUUACAGCCUUUUCCUGUGUUCUGUAAGUUUGGCCUCGUGGUUUUCUAGAGACACCGCGUGGGUUUGGGGGCAUCUUUAACAAAACUCUUAAGCAUUUAAGUUGAGACUUUAAAUUUUCUGCUGUUUCCCUUUAGAAGACAAGUUCGGAAUAAAAACCAUGUUUUUUCAUUUGAAUUUUAUUAACGUUUUUGUUAGCUGUGUUGAUUUCUUCCUAAUCUCGAGAUUCUUGGGGUCAACAGCAGCAUUCCUGAGUCCCCAGGAACCUCUGAUCUCCCCUGAUGACCCGGGCCCCUCUUCCUUGAGGACGCGGGGACUUUGUCUAUUUCGAGACUACCUUUGCUGUGGCUGGUUUUGACAAAUGAGGGCUGAGUGCACUCGGAACAGGAAAGAGGCCAGUUGAGAAGCAGCAGAAAUACAGAGUUAAAAGCAUUUUUGCUUGGUGAGCACUUAUGUGGUGCUUGCUGCAUACCAGACAUUGCUCCAAGGGCUUUGCAGAUGUUGGCCCAUUUAAUUCCUUGUGACAGCUACUGUCAUCCCCAAUUUAUAGGUGAGGAAAGCGAGGCGGAGGUAGGCCAGGUGCCUGCCGGUUAGGGGUGGAGCCAGGAGUGGAACCCAGACAGUGGCUCCAGGGUCUGCCCCAACUGUGACACCCGAUGCGGGAACGCUUGGUGAGGCGGGGGUUGGGUGCUUGGCUCAGAGGCUCACGUUGGCAAUCCCAGGGGCCCCCAGGCACCUUGGCUCCUGGAGCUUAAGUGGGAUGAGCUCAGUCCCCGUUCCUGAAGCCCCUUGGACUUCAGUGUUCGUCCAGGUGUUUCCCUCCACACCCAGCUCUAUAAACCCCCCGUCUCUCGCACAGGUCCGAAAGGCUGCUGACUGCAUCCGCGGGCAGGAAGCCAGCCUGCCGGCCUCCGGGAACAGGCUGCUGCUUAAGUACCAUCUGGUUUGACCUGGUGGGGCUGACAGUCUACCCGUCUUGUUGUUCUGACAGUGGGUCUGUGUACCCCGGGCUCCUUCACUGGCAGCGUGAGAAGGGUCGAGAGGCGCAUGUCCCACAUGCAUGUGAGCCGUGUCCACAGUGUGUGCUCGUGCUCCGAGCAUUUCAGAAAGCCGUGGCUUUUCAGAGGCCUGCUUAGUAGUGAGAGAGCAGGAAGUGUACAACUUGUCUUUAGGGCAGGCGGCAGACCGGAACCGGUCCUUGGCCUCUUAGGAACCGGGCCGCACAGCUGGACGUGAGUGCUGGGCGGGCGAGCCAGUGAAGCUUCAUCUGUGUUUGCAGCCGCUCCCCAGCGCCAGCAUCACCGCCUCAGCUCCACCUCAGAUCCUCAGGCGCUAGAUUGUCAUAGGAGCACCGGUCCCUGGUGCCACAGAGGUUGGGAACCGCUGCCCUAUAGCACAUCUGGGUAGGCUUCUGCCGGGCAAACUUCUCAGCCCUUAAGGCCCCGCUCAAAUGUCCCGUCCCUCACGCUCCCUUGGCAGUCCCGUGCCUACGGUAGCGCUUUGACACAUUGCUUAGGCUACCAAGUUGCAUGUCACUGACUUAUGCUGCUGUGUCCCUGCCUGGUGUAAUGCCUGGCUUUUUUUUUUUUUUUUUUUGAGUAGAAUUGCUGGAUCAUAGAAAAAACUGUAUUUAAUAAGAAACGGUCAGAUUUUUUUCUGAAGUGGUUUCAUUGUUUCGUACACCCACUAACAAUGUAUAAAAGUUUUGGGGGGUCUACUCUGUCACGGUCACAGCAUCAUCGUUGCAAGUGGUUUUUGUUUGUUUAUUGUGAUAUUAUUGUGACAAAAGAGCUUAGAACAAAUUGACCAAAAAUCAGAAGUUACGUUGCCUCGGUGCGGAUGCUCUUGGUUUGGAAACUCAGAGUAACUGCUGCCGCAGAGGUGGAGAGCAGAGCGAAUAGCCCGAAGCCGAGGCACAGCGGGCCUGGCACAAUGCCCGGCACAGGUAGCGCCCAGGGCACCUUGGAGCAUCGGUGACAGUGGUUCUGUCGGUGGCAGCAUGUGGGAAAGGUGGACGUAUUCGUUUUCUGUGGCCGCCGUAACAUUACUACAAACUGCGGGGGGAGGGGUUAAAACGGCAGGGAUUUAUUCUCAGUCCCGGAGGCAGAAGUCCGGGAUCUGGGUGUCCCAGGGUCGUUCCCUCGGGGGCUCUGAGGGCGGCCCUGUCCCAGGGCUUUCUCUGAGCUGCUGCUGGUCUGGUGGUUCUCUCCACCCACGCCAUUUGUCCCCUCAUCUCCAAACCAAGUGGCCACUUCUGCAAGGUUCUUAGUUCUGGCGUUUCUCCUGUCUUCGCCGGCCAGAUGUCUCUCACAGUUCCGGACGGUGGAAGUCCGGGCUCGCAGUGCGGUGGGUUCCGUUCUUGGUGAAGGCGGGGACGCUGCCAUCUCGCACCUGGGGCAGAGAGCUGUGGAGGCUUCACGAGGUGCUCUCCUGCCUUCCCUGUCCUCUCUUUCCUCCACGCUGGCGGUUUUCCCUGGGGAUGCCUUCCCGGCUCCCCGAAUCCCCCCUUCCCCACCUCCCACCCGGGGAGCUGGCAGGGCUGGGGGCUUGGGACCUCAGCUCCCUCCCCCGUGUGGCUCUGGGCCACGCCCAGCACCCUGGGGUCCGCUAAGCCACUUACCAGUGUCCAUUUGCUUGCUGCUUCUAGAACCCUGUCGCUGGCUGCUGAGUGUCUGCCUCGCUCACCCCGCUCCCAGCGGGCCCGCGGGGGUUGGUAGCUCAGUGCACAUCCAUUUCGCUGUCUUGCACCCGACGCUUCCUGAGUGUGUUUAACUGAAUUGAGACAGGGCUCUGUGCCCUGCUUUUUUUUUUUUUUAAUAAACAUUUAUUUUUACUAGUUUCAAGUAUACAGUACAUCGCUUGGACGUUUACAUAGUUCAUAAAACGAUCCCCCGAUCGCUGCUUCUCCUGCCCCCCGCCCAGCCAGCGUGUCCGUGCCGGCCGCGCCCCUCUGCCGUGCUCCCCAUCCCGUGCGCUUUUUUUUUUUAACACUUUAACAUUUUCUCCUGCUGACAAAUUUUGUAGCAUUUCCUCACAGCUGAUAAAAACUACAAAAACGUUUGUAAUCUGCUUAACGUUUCAGCAUGUGGUUCUACCAUAAUUCGCUUAAGUCUCUGGGCUUUGGCCAUGUAGCACCCCCCCCGCCCCCCUUUUUGAGCUAUUAUGAGCAGCACUGAACUGCGUGUCCUGUGCAGAAAACAUUUUAGCGUGACGUCCUGUGUGUCCUUGGGACGGAACUCCUGGCGGGUUGCUGAAGCCGGGCAGUCCUGUGAGGGCGGCUUUCGGGGAGGGGGGGAGGCUCUCGGGGUGUUUUUCCUUUGUUAAUUAGUUGGAGAAAGAAUCAUAAGGUGUGAAUGGCCAGCAUGCCCUUCACCUGCCCCCAGGUGAGCCUGGCAGGCAGCUCGGGGCCCACAGUGCCCCCUGGUGGUUCCCGUCCCCGGUGGCUCUGGUCAAGGUGGGAAGUGCUGAUUGGGGUGUCAGCGCCCCAGCAGAGAGGAGGCAGUUGCACCGUGAAGCACAGAGCGAGAAGGGCCGGCCCUGAAGUCUCGGGUGCUGGGGAAGCCAGGCUGGGGAGGUCACCUAGCAGCACUGACCUCGGCCCUAUAGCGUGGCGGGGCCAGGCCCUCUGCACCCUGUCACCCGUGGUGGGAGGCUUUGGGCCCGGGGUGCUGUAGGAGCGGACGCAGUCAUAGCGCGUUAGGUGGCCGCAUUGCACAGGCAGAGGCCCUGGGGACAGUGUGCUAGGCUGUGCCGCGGUGGCAGGCGGGUGGCCCUCUCUGCCCCCUUGCUGCCAGGGCCUCACCUGCUCGGGGGCUGGCAGAGCUGGGCGCUGGCCAGGCACAGUCUGGCGGAGACGGGCUUUUCCUUCGGAGAAUUUCUGAGCGAGGCCUUUCUAUGGAGCGCGUGUUUGCCUUGGGCUCAGUUCACCUCGCCCUCCCAAGCAGGCCGAUGGGUUGCAGGCCAGGCGCUGCCCCGUCUCUUCACGUCCAGGUGGACGAUGGUGUACCCGGGCCCGCCUGCCUGGAUGCUUGCUGGACCCUGGGCCCGCGGGGGCGGCCAUGGCUGCCUUGUCCCCUCUGGGCCGCCCUGCCUCACUUCUCGGGGCAGUCCCCGCCCAUGGUCCCGUCAGGCCUUCCUCCUCCUUCCCCUGUCACCCUUGGGGUGCCCCCCCCCAGUGGCCAUCCCGAGGAGGUGGCUCUUGUUGGUCUUCGUGACACAGUGCAGGGACGUGAGCACUGCCCCCGGAGGAACCCCGUGUGGUCGGCUUCACAGACCUCACACCCUCCAGACCAGGCUCAGGGCCCAGGGCCCUGCUGUAGCUUCUUCCCACCCUAGGUGGGUGGGCGCACCAUGCUCGGGGGCCCUAGACAUGGUCGUGCAGGCUGCGCGGCCUCAUCUGCAGGCGACAGCCUGGGGCCGCGGGGUUCUGACCCGGCACGUGGAGGGCUGUGUGCUCUGCACAGGGCUGCGGAAUGCUCGGUCCUGCUGGCUGGGGCUGCCCAUCGGAGUGACCGCGGGACGUGGAGUACUCAUGCCAGUGACUGGAGCCAGCACCCCCAGCCCUCCUCCAGGCCACCGCAGACGCCUCCGCGCUCACGUCUGCUUCUCCCACAGAUGCUGGACGAGAACCACCACCUGAUCCAGUGCAUCCUGGACUACCAGAGCAAGGGCAAGACGGCCGAGUGCACCCAGUACCAGCAGAUCCUGCACCGGAACCUGGUCUACCUGGCCACGAUCGCAGACUCCAACCAGAACAUGCAGUCCCUGCUCCCCGCCCCACCCACGCAGAACAUGAACCUGGGCCCCGGGGCGCUGGCGCAGGGCAGCUCCAGCCAGGGCCUGCACUCCCAGGGCGGCCUCAGCGACGCGGUGGGCUCGGGCCUGCCCCCACCCUCCCUCCUGCAGGGCCAGAUCGGCAACGGUCCGAGCCACGUGGCCAUGCAGCAGACAGCGCAGAGCACGCUGCCCACCACCUCCAUGAGCAUGUCGGGUGGCGGCCACGGCUCCGGGCCUGGCUACAGCCACUCGGGACCCGCCUCGCAGAGCGUGCCCCUACAAGGCCAGGGCGCCAUCAGCAACUACGUGUCCCGGGCCAACAUCAACAUGCAGUCCAACCCAGUGUCCAUGAUGCACCAGCAGGCGGCCUCGUCCCACUACGCCUCGGCGCAGGGCGGCAGCCAGCAUUACCAGGGCCAGCCCAUCGCCAUGAUGGGCCAGAGCGGGCAGGGGAGCAGCAUGAUGGGGCCGCGGCCCCUGGCGCCCUACCGGCCCUCACAGCAAGGCUCGUCCCAGCAGUACCUGGGCCAGGAGGAGUACUACGGCGGCGAGCAGUACGGCCAUGGCCAGGCCGCCUCGGAGCCGCUGAGCCAGCAGUACUACCCCGACGGACAUGGCGACUAUGCCUACCAGCAGUCCUACUCGGAGCAGAGCUAUGACCGGCCAUUCGAGGAGUCCACACAGCACUACUACGAGGGCGGAAACUCCCAGUACAGCCAGCAGCAGGCGGGGUACCAGCAGGGCACAGCCCAGCAGCAGGCGGGGUACCAGCAGCAGUACCCCAACCAGCAGAGCUACCCGGGGCAGCAGCAGGGCUACGGUCCAGCCCAGGGGGCGCCGUCGCAGUACUCCAGCUACCAGCAGGGACAAGGACAGCAGUACGGAAGCUACAGAGCGUCGCAGACGGGCCCGUCCGCGCAGCAGCAGCGGCCGUACGGCUACGAGCAGGCAAGGCUUCCGGUGCUCCCCCUGCCCACGCGGCCAGGUGUCCCUGUGGGCGCGAGGAGCGAGGAGGGGGCCAGCUGGCUCCUAGGGUCCCUUCCAGCGCCAGUUCUCUGAGCCCGUAAGGUUUGUAAGCACUCCCUCUCCGUGGACGCCCACGCUGCUCGCACGGCGGGCUUUUCCUGUCGUAAGCGCGGGUCCUCCCCGCGUCCCCGGAGGUUCGCGUGUGCCAGCGGAAUCGCUUCUGUCGCGUGCCUGGGACGCUGCAGCGGCUACACAGAUGCGGCUGCACUUUCAGGGCCUGUGUGUCACCAGACAGAGCGGGACGCUGUCUGGGGGCCUGUGUGGAGCCAGGCAGAUAGUCCUAGGACGAGGACCCAGAGGGCCGAGGGACGGCGACAGGUGGCAGAGCGGGCUCAGACCACGCUGGGGAAAGCCGCUCGCCGCCCUGCCGUGUGGGUCUGGGCGGGAGCUCGCCACCGGCGUGCCUGCUGCGCCUCCUGCAUCUCACCCUGGACGUGGUCCGCGGCGGGGCCUGUCCCCCUUUGGGUGUGGACCCCUUUACUCAUGACGAGAUACAACCUGUGUCCUGGUCUCUUGCAGGGCCAAUAUGGAAAUUACCAGCAGUAAGGAACACGCGUUCUUGACGGAGCCUUGCCGUGGCGUGUCCGUCCACCAGGGACGGGCCAUUGGUGGUUCCGGCGAACUGGGACCCGUUGGCCGCCCCUUCGCCCCACGCAGCGUCGCAUGUGAAGCGUGCACAUUUCGUGCUGGGCAUGCCACCAAACAUGCACCGAGGCACGAGACAGCACCGCUGGUGUGACUUACCUGGUGCUGUGUAUAGUGUUGUACGUCCACACGGUGAAUGGAGAGGCUGCCCCUUCUUUGUCCCCCCUCGGUGUUUCUAGCUAGCUUUAGGGGUCCUCUCGUAAUCAGAGUAUUCUGAGCCCAGCGAUGGGACGUCUACAAGAUGCCAUAGUCCGCGUAUUCAUACACACAGACCAUAGGUCUACUCCUCACGCAGUUGUAAUGUGGGUUGUGAACUUGUCUCUCACGGGCUCCCCCGCAGCUGGACACACUCGCACAGCCCUGGACGGCGGCCUCUCCCUGCGCCUCAGUGGGGGGCGGGGCACCUCCUGUGUCUGGGUCAGUCUGUUCCGCAGUGGAAAGUCUGAGUGUGCUUCACGUGAACGGUCCUUGCCUGUGUCCCUCGCCGAUCCCGCUUCUCCACAAAGUUACGUUUUGCUUUUAGAGUCAGGAGCGCCCAUGGCUGCGUUCCAGGUGUGGGUCCACGGCGGCAGCAUCCCAUCAGCCCAGCCCGGGGGGCGGCCGCACCGAAGCGAAGCAGGAAGUCCUCCGGUGUGGCUCUGCCUUUGACCCCUGUUUAUCCUGACGGUCAUUUCUGGGAUUUGAAUAUUUCAUAGGCCCAAUUCUAAAUUUAUCAUUUAAAAUAUCGAUACCGAAUUUUCCAAACAGUUGGCACGGUUGUUUAUGUUGUGUUAUUUCUUCCAGGAUCUGCUUGUUUAGAUCUCCAAGCGAGUGUUUCUUUUCUUUCAGGGAUAUCUGAAAUUCACAUCUCAGUUUUAAAAAGAACCCCAGUAACUUCACUGUGUUCUUCCUAGGGAAAAAGGAAAGGUUUUAUAUAGAGAAAUUUGAGUAAUUUUUACAUUCCUGGGACGUUGAAUCCCAUUUAAAUGCUGUGCAGACGUUAAAGACAGCUCACUUGGAAAAGUCUGGUCAGAGGAAAAAUCCUGCAUUUCACUAAGUAAUACCGACAGUUUAUUAACUUUUACUUGGAUAAUAAUAUCCGUAUUUACUGUGAAUCCUUUAUGGACAUCUUUGAAUAAAUGCUGAUAUAUUUCCAAGAACAACCAAGAAAAUA